UUUUACGAAACGAAGCAUUUCAGAUUGUGAAAUGUGUAAUGGGUUUCCGAGUUUAUCCUUGAGUAUAUGAGAACAGGAUGACAGUUGAAGGUUCUCAGUCUUCAGGGGGUAGUAUAGAUCUGGGGACAUUCUCAGCACUGUUAGAACAGGGAAAAAUACAAGACGCCAAAAUUUUGCUGAGAACCAAACCUAUUACAGAUAUAGCAGGAGUGUGGAAGAGUAUCCUGGUUCUGCGUACUAAAAAUAAACUGAUUGAUAAUGAUUCUAUAUACUGGGAUACUGUAGAUACAUGCUUCGGCUCAAGAAAUUUAGAGGAUUGUGCAGAUCAGACUCCAGGCUGCGUAGAUUCUCAUCAGCUCAACUAUGAUCUUGAUACAGAGUCAAAAGCCCAGGUUUGCCGUCUAGUGACAUGUAUAGCCUACAUGAGUCCUGAUGUACCGUAUUGUCCUUUAUUAUACCCCUCAGCUGCAUUGCUAAGAAAAUUUCUGAGCGAAGCGGAAUGUUUUGGAUUCCUGAGUUGUUUGGUAUCUCCUUCUCCUGGUCUUACCUUCUUCACGCAGAGUAGAAGAUCCUGGGAUAUUACAUGCAGAGCAUUAAAACCUCUAGCUCUCAAGUAUAUUAAGAAGCAUAUCUCAGAAUUAGAAAGAUCAUUUGGACGAGAUAAGGUCAACUCUGGACUGACUGGUUGGAUUUGGUGGAUAUUUAAAUAUUUACCAGUUCGGUUGAUCACAAGAAUAUUUACAUCAUUCCUUCUAGAGGGACACAAGGUUCUUUACCGGACUGGUUUGGCAAUCCUCAAACUGUUCAGUAAAGAGAUUUUUAAACCUGGAACUAACCUAUCAGGAAGCCUAGCUUCACAGAUCCAGAUAUUCUGCUCCAACCUAGCAAUACCAGAGGAGGAGUUCAUCAGAGUUGGGUUCAAGAUACAACGCUUCAGUAAAUCCGAUCUUGCAAAGAUUAUGGUCAAACUUGAAAUGGAGGUUAAGGCUCAGAAUAGUAUAAAGAUAGAGGACGGAGGAAGACGGAGAAGUAAUCAAGAAUUGUUAAAUUCUGAAACUGUUGAGGAUCUAGUAGCAGUUUCUGAUAAUCUGUCAUAUAAACAGGGAUUUAGUACUCCUCAACCUAAACCUAAAUCCACCACAACCUUUGCUAUUCAUCAUUUAAAAUCUGAAGCAUUGAGUAAGACUAAUUUAGUCAAGAUUUGGAAUCUAAUACCAGAAAGGAUAACUAUGAUAACUCCAAAAUUAGUUUACUCUUCUAAUGAUCACGGAACCUCGUUGCAAACCUUCUUCAAUAAGACGGAGAAAUACGAACCAACAAUCCUUGUGAUAAAAUCCUACGAGGGAGAUGUUUUCGGAGCUUAUUGUUCUACAACAUGGGCUUGCAGGAAUGAGAAAGAUGACCGCGGGAUGAGACAAACAUAUUUUGGGACCGGAGAAACAUUUCUUUUCAAACUUGACGGAGACAAGGUUCUUAAAUAUCCUUGGGUUGGGGAGAACAAGGAGAUUGAGGGACGGGGUAAUAGAGCGGAGCAGUUGUAUAUGUCAGGAGAUACAACUAUGAUAACAGUUGGGGGCGGGGAUGGAACAGGUCUGUAUCUUGACGAGAACCUGGAGUUUGGGAGAACUGAACCCUGUCUCACCUUUAACAAUCCUCCUUUAGCCUCUGAUAAGAACUUUACAGUAUCCUUGAUUGAAGUUUUUGGUUUUAAUAAUCUUGAUGAUUAGUAGAUUGCCUCAAUGUCCAGCAUUCAAAACUUGAUUGGAGAAUAUCAUUCAUUUUCACCUUUAUAUUAGUUUAAAUUAUGCUGCACUAUUUAAACCUUUGUCAUCUUGAUGUUUUAAAUUGCAAGCAAAUUACAUUCCGGCAGCCAUUUAUGAUAUUUAUUGAUCUCUUUUAUUAUGAUAUUAUUUAAGAUAUUAAUGAAAUUUCUUACACUAUUUUUUAGUUUCUAACCCUACCCUUUUUUU